GUGCUUUCACAUCUGAAGAAUCCGGUAAAGGGCGGUAACGUCACCUGUAGGGCACCAGCUCUUCCGCGGCCGUUGACUGCGUUAUUCCUUCUCCCCCUGACCACCUUCCCCUCUUAUUAAGAACGGCCGCUGGGAACUUGAAGGCGGAGGAACCAGAGGAGUCUUGGAGCGCACUGCUCAUCCCCCGCGAGGACCCGCUUCUCGGAUUCCCUUCCUCAGGUGCUUGAGUUCGAGUCUGCUUCAGGAAUCACUAACUCUUCCAAGUCCAAGGAAUGGCUUUUGCCUCAUCAGUUACUAGGGUGGAUUUUGUAAACAUUCAGCAACAUGGGGCACUGUUGCACGCUAAUCGUCAUCGAUUUCCAAAUUUCAGCAGUUUAAAUUUGAGAAAGUUAGAGAGAAAAAUUAGAGCUGGAUCUCAGAUAACAAAUGCUAGACGAGUGGUCGAGCCAGAGGUUGAUAUUAAUGAUCCAGAAUGGAAGAAACACUUCCAGGAGGAUUUUGAUAAACGGUUCAACUUACCACAUUUGAAGAAUAUUCUUGACAUUAAGCCAAGGCUAACAACAUUCUCACUCAAAAGCAGAAGACCUAUAGAUGAAGAUAAUGGUGCAAAAAAUGAGGAUUGGAAUGGCUAUGUAGAUGAUGAUGACAGAGCACUUCUCAAGGUUAUAAAAUUUGCUUCCCCGACUUCUGCUGGAGCCGAAUACAUUGACCCUGAUUGCAGCUGGGUGGAACAAUGGGUACACCGUGCUGGACCACGUAAGCAAAUAUACUUUGAACCAAGGGAGGUCAAAGCUGCAAUUGUUACUUGUGGUGGGCUUUGUCCUGGACUUAAUGAUGUAAUUAGGCAGAUAGUGCUCACGCUUGAAAUAUAUGGGGUAAAAAAUAUUGUUGGAAUUCCAUAUGGUUAUCAUGGAUUUACUGAUCCCCUCUUAUCAGAAGUGCCGCUUUCUUGUCAAGCGGUGCAGAAUAUUAACCUUGCUGGUGGGAGUUUCCUAGGAGUGUCUCGAGGAUCACCAACUACCAGUGAUAUAGUUGAUAGCAUUCAGGCCAAGGGAAUUGAUAUGCUUUUUGUAUUGGGUGGAGAUGGGACACAUGCAGGGGCACUCGCUAUACAUAAUGAGUGCUGCAAGAGAAAACUGAAAGUAUCAGUUGUCGGGGUGCCAAAGACAAUUGACAAUGAUGUAUUACUUAUGGACAAAACAUUUGGUUUCGAUACUGCUGUAGAAGAGGCUCAGAGGGCCAUCAAUUCUGCCUAUAUUGAGGCUCGGAGUGCUUACCAUGGAAUUGGAGUGGUCAAAUUGAUGGGAAGGAGCAGUGGUUUUAUAGCAAUGCAUGCAUCAUUGUCCAGUGGUCAAAUUGACAUAUGUCUCAUCCCAGAGGUGCCAUUCAAGCUGGAGGGACCUAAUGGAGUCUUAAAACAUCUAGAGUAUCUCAUAAAAACAAAAGGAAAUGCAGUCAUUUGUGUUGCUGAAGGGGCAGGACAAGAAUACCUAACAAAAUCAAAUGCAAAAGAUGCAUCAGGAAAUGUUGUUCUCAGUGAUAUCGGAGUUCACAUUCAACAUCAGAUAAAGAGAUAUUUUAAGGGAGCAGGCAUUCCGUCAGAUGUGAAGUACAUCGAUCCAACCUACAUGAUCCGUGCUUGCCGUGCCAAUGCAUCUGAUGCGAUCCUCUGCACUGUACUGGGCCAAAAUGCCGUACACGGUGCGUUCGCCGGGUUCAGCGGCAUCACGACCGGCAUAUGCAACACGCACUUCGUGUAUUUCCCGAUCACGGAGGUGAUUGCGUCGACCAGGCGGGUGGACUCCAACAGCAGGAUGUGGCACCGAUGCCUCACGUCCACCGGCCAACCUGACUUCGAUUGAACAUAAUUUCCAAUUUAUUUAUUUUUAAAAUCAAAUCAAAUCAAAUAUAGGGUACAAAUUCUUGUUUCAAGUGGCGCAAAAGAGCCUUCUAGUCAUUUCAUUUCAUUUGAUUUUUCCCACGAAUAAUUUAGCGCGAUGGAUGAGUGGGAAGUGUAAGUUUGUUCCAAGUUCGAUCAACCAAUAAACUCAUUUUGUUUGCAGAAUCUCUAAAUAAAUUAUGGAAAAUGGAAUUCUUCCAUCUA